UAAAGGAAAGUAAUGAAACAGAACUCAAAUUCAGGCCAAGUUAAGCGUAGAGUGGAUAUAGCUCUAUUCAAGCAAAGCAGUUUAUUCGCCACAGUUGCAGCAACUGUAUCAUACGACCAGUGGUAGUAAUGAGGCAUUUUUAUGUGAUUGCCACGUUUUGGUUCUACAGCAUCCUCUUGGGAACCAGCGUUACCGGUGAAUAUUAUACUUCCACCGAGCGGAUGCGGCAACUAAUCAAGCUAGAGGAAUCUCUGACAAACCAUCUCAGCAGAUACAUAGAGAAUUACGCGAACGAUUCGCGGGCACUGCAGCGUCAACGUGAUGAGCUAGGAAGGCAGCUGAAAGAAGCCUCGGCGCACGAUCUAUUGUACGUAUCGCAUCCAGUCACUGCAUUUCUGCUGAUAAAUCGACUUCUCACAGAUUGGCAGAAGAUUGGGGCAUACAUUGGCCUGGACGUCCGGCAGUACGCGUUUGAGAACAUUCAAAUGCCCACGGCCGACGAUGUUAGUGGUGUAAUGGAAGCCCUGGUUCGACUACAGCAUUUGUAUCAAAUCGUACCGAACAAAUGUUCACGAGACAUCGGCAUAGAUUUACCGUUCGAUCAAGCGUUAGGUGCCCUUGAAUGUUAUCAAAUUGCUGAUCAUUUGAUGGCCGAUGGAUUCAAUUCCCAAUCAAUUCGCUGGUUUCAAGAGGCAUUGCAUCUGUGGAGUAUGGAUUAUGCUGGACUAACGAAAAUCGAUGUCAUUAACGAGCUCGUCAAGGCGCUUUCCAAUGAAAAGCGAUAUACCGAGGCAUUGAAGUUGACGGAUGAAGUGCUACAAGAGCAACCGGACAAUCCAGUGGCACUGUCAAAUAGAAUAUUGCUAGAAAAUGCAACUGCUUCAGAGCUGUUGAGUGAUAAUGAGGGACGAACAACAGGAACUCCCGAGUACAGCGAAUAUGAAAUGCUUUGCCGCGCAGACAUUGAGCGACCUGCCAGUGUGCUGAAAACGUUAUACUGUUUCUACGAGCACAGCCGUAAUCCUUUCCUUAGGAUUGCUCCACUGAAGGUAGAGCAAAUAAGUCACGACCCGUUUAUGAUGGUCUAUCAUGAGAUAAUCUCAGAUAGAGAGAUCACCAAUGUACUGGAAGCGGCGCGACCUCGACUGAACAGAGCAUUGGUGUUUGAAGCUAACAAGUAUUCCGUUACACACUAUCGUACUAGCACCAACGCAUGGUUAGACGUGGAAAUGUUUUACACCCAUUUAAAGCCGAUUGUAAAGCGAAUUGAAGAUAUGACUGGUCUGACGAAAAGGUCUUACGAUCAACUACAGAUUGGAAACUAUGGAGUUGGUGGUCAUUAUUCAACGCAUUACGAUUACGAUAGGCCUGCAGAGGGGCAGGAGGCCUUCCCGACCCUAGGAAAGGGCAAUCGUAUCGCUACCGUAAUGUACUAUUUGAGCGAUGUUGACGUUGGAGGUGCUACCGUCUUCCCUGACAUCGGUGUUGGCGUGUUUCCACGAAAAGGAUCAGCCAUAUUUUGGUACAAUUUGUACCGGAACGGAACAUCGGAUCCACGAACUCUUCAUGCCGCAUGUCCAGUUAUGCUCGGUUCUAAAUGGGUUGCCAACCAAUGGAUCCACGAACGAGGCCAGGAGUUUAAACACCCGUGUGCACUAGACCCUAUGCUUUGAAUACAGUGCCCAACCAUGUUACGGAUAUCCGGUAUGGUACGCCAUUCUGUGCUCAGCACAUUAAUAAAUGAUAAGACAAUCAACUUCGCGAAACCGCAUUUACCUGAAUUUUUUUACCACCACCGAGAAUACCAUCGAUCUAUUGGGACAUUUUUUUAAAAUUUUUAUCAAUUUGUGUAUUUGUUGAUACACGUGUAUUUGAAGAAGUGACGAAAAGUAUACACGACGGUUUGGCGGCUGCAGAUCCUUUACAGAAGAAAGCGAUGGUACUGCAUGCAACCGGAAAUGUAACUUCAAACCCACAUCGACCUAUAGCUAGCCAAUGGAAUCAUGAAUAUGGAAAACAACUUUACGGUGUUGUGCGAUCUUCGAUUGUAAUACUGUUCCAUUGCUUCUUCUCUCUCAGCCCAUUGCAGUAUUGGCAAUGUUUCCUAUCAGUAAACAGUAAAUUAAAUGGCUUUCCAAUUACGCAAUCGUUUACGUCUGGCCGUUGUUAUCCACCAACCGUAUGGUUCGUAUCUGAUGAGAUAACGAAGUGGAACACACUUCGCACCCAGCUGCCACACCAAGUUCCGACCUUGGGGGUCUAUGAUUGACGGAUGUUGUACAGUGUGCGAAAGAAUAAGGAGAAAGCAAUAAGCAGCAUGUCAUCACACCAACCUCAACAGAUUUGAUAACGGUGCGUCAUUAGAACGUGACAUCGUGAUUUGCGGUCAGAUAUUUAUACCCUUCCCUUUUCUCCGGUUUCAUUGGCACCAUUAUUGAACGACUAUCAACAACCG